AUGGGGCAGGAGAAGUCUGGGGGUCGAUCUGUGGGGCCAGAGGAGUCUACGGGGGGAUCUGUGGGGCAGGGAGGGUCGGAAGAUUGGGAGGGGUCCCUGGGUUCCCCAUUGCAGGUGCAGGUGAGGGAGGGCCGGGCCUUGGCGGCCCUGGGAGGGUGGGAGCUGCUCCGGGGCCUGCUCGUGUUCGCCCUCUGCUCCAACGACCGGCUGGCGCAGGACCCCGAGGCGUUCCUGAGGUGGUCCCGGCGGCUGCUGGGUCCCCACCUGUGGCGGGCGCUGCUCUCCGUGUCCCUGUGGGGCCAAUUCGCUGUCGGCCGGAGCCCGGCGGCCGUGCAGAGCCUGUCCCAGCGGCUCCGGGCCCGGGGCCUGCGCCCGAUGCUGGCCCUGCCCAUCGAGGGCGAGGGGCCUGAUGGUGAGGGCGAGGACUGGUUCGAGCAGAACUGUGGGGCGGCCCUGGAAUGUGUGGGGCUGGCGGCCGCGUCGGGCCCCGAACCCGCGAUGCAGCUCAAGCUGACGGCGCUGCUGAGCCAGAGCCUCUGCGAGAAGCUCUCGCUCCGAUUGGCCGAGCCGGAGGGGGCGGAGCUGAGCCCAGAUAUGGUGGCAGCCAUGUUGGGUGGGCAGGUGCCGCAGCUCACCUGGCUCAGGCCCGGCCGAGAACCACCUGGGCACACCUGGGACUGCCUAAAACACACCUGGGCACAGCUGGCGACUGCCUAA